CAUGCAUGCUUCUCGCUGUCGCCAUCGACAUCAAUGGAAGCCUGAUAAAUAGUUUGACCACCCUUUAUCAGCAGAAAAAGAAAGGGACAGUAUUUCUCUGGACCAUAUAGCCUACACCUGGCAUUUUUUUUCUUCUCAAACAAGAGCAGAUACAGUAGGUGACUCUGUGCCCUAUGACAGAGUGUUCUUCAGUGUUACCUCAGUUCCAGGAGUCCCAGCAGGACAUGGACGGGGAGUCAGGGCGUUCAGAACAUCACCAACAGCCCAUGACACCGAGACAGUUUCAGGACUGGCGGAAUAGUCUAGGCAAGAGUUCAGCACUAGACCAGGAUAGACUGAACCUGCAAGGUCUUGACCAGGGUCCAGCACAAGACAAGGAAACACUGCCAGGUCUUGACCAGGGUCCAGCACAAGACAAGGAAACACUGCCAGGUCUUGACCAGGGUCCAGCACAAGACAAGGAAACACUGCCAGGUCUUGACCAGGGUCCAGCACAAGACAAGGAAACACUGCCAGGUCUUGACCAGGGUCCAGCACAAGACAAGGAAACACUGCCAGGUCUUGACCAGGGUCCAGCACAAGACAAGGAAACACUGCCAGGUCUUGACCAGGGUCCAGCACAAGACAAGGAAACACUGCAUGGUUUUAAACAGGGACCAGCACAAGACCAGGCGAGUCGGAAUUACUUCCAUCAAGUCCAGGAUCAGGAUCGUUCACUAGGCUCCAAUAAAUGCACAACAGAAGAACAGGAUCCUUCCAUAAAGGUCUCAGUCCAGGAUGAGGAUCCACCAGGGAACCAGGACUAUCAAUGUAAUUUAGACCUGGAGCAAUGCACAGCUCAUAGCGCAGACCAGGGUGAAAACAGGCUGAGUGGUGUGAACCAGGAUCCAGUAUAUUUUGGUCCCGCACAAGACCACAGCAGCCCUCAUGACAUCCCCAUUCUGGUAUCAGCUGGGAACCAGAACCAAACACAGGACUCAAUCCAUGAUCUAGCUGGUGGAAUGGAUCUACCACACUGCACAGAUCCAAAUCCAACCCCAAAACAGGACCAAGAGAAACUGCUUGGGACAGACCAGGAGCAGGCCCUAGUGGACCCAGACAGACGACUUAACCCAAACCAGGACCACGCCACAGAUGAGGCUUGUGGGGAAGAUGCGGCAGGGGAACAAGGCGCCUGUAUCCCAGCGGUGGUGAUCACUCAGACAGAAGGGAGCCGGGGGCCAGUGGUGAAUCAAGGUGGAGAGACAGCGCCAGAGGUAACGGAGAGAGUGGAGGCUGGACCACUGUGUCCACAGACACCAGCAGAGAGGCCAGAGAUACCAACAGGACCAGAGAGACCACAAGAACUAGCAAUCGCAGCCAUGGUUCCAGUGACCACUUUAGACCUCAGCCCCAGCCCUCUCAGUGCAGACCUCAGUCCCAGCCUCAUCGAAGGGGGGGACCUACUGGCCUGCUGUGAUCUGCUGUCCCUGAAGAGUGACACUGUGUCCCUGGCCAGGAGUGAGGGAUAUGUCCAGGAAGAAGAUACAAGAAGUGUGGCUGCAUCCUCUGUCAUGUCUGUGUUCCCCAGGAUUCAGUUGGAUCCUCUGGAGAAGGACUGGCUACGAUCCUGUGCCCUGGGGAACACAGCUGCUCUCCGACAGCUCCUCACACAGGACCCCAGCCUGGCCUCAAAGAAGGACUUCAUCACUGUAAGUAGUUUCCAGUAUUUAUCCUACCAUCCUCCCUUCCUCUUUUCCUGGCUCUAACCUAAUCUGUUAUGUUGGUGAUUCACAUAGAAAAGUAGUCCAGAUACAGUAGCUUUUGUUUUUUUGUUUUAUUUCUGCAGUUUGAUGUUUUACCAAAACAAAUACAUAGUUCCUUCUUGAAUAGUCAGUACUAUGCCAAACUGUACAGAUGAAAAGGAAACUUAGUGUGACGUCAACAUAUUAAGUGUAUAUCCUCUACUCUUCAAAUGGCCUCCAUGAUUUACCCCGUGUGUAAUGGGGGAAACAGGCGGUGGACUCAAAUGACACAGGUUUCAAUUCUUCAGACCCCCACUAAAUAUACUGCACUACUCUCUCCAGUGUGCAUCGACAGCGAGACUCCCCACCUUUAUCAGAGGGGCAGGAGAGCCAGAUUAGAGAAGAACAUGUGACAAAAAAAAGGACAGGUUAUCCCCCUUUCCAAAACCUAUGAUUCUAUCCAAGAUUUAAGGUGGAAGGUGUUAAAAAAAUCUCAACAACCAGCUGUUGUGAACCAUGAUAGGUUGAAUUUUAUAAAUGAUUCAAAUGAUCAAAUAAUACAUUAUUGACUAAUUCUGCAGACAAAACUGAACAAUAUUAAUACUCCUAUAGGAAUGACGUCUUAUACUCUAACAAGAACCAUAAUAUUCCAUAUUCUCUUUCUCCUAUGAACUGUACUGCCCGAUGGCCGUUCUACAACUGUUUUGUGUUAACCUUGCUGCUGGAAACCAAGGGGGUGAGUAGUGGUAUUUUUACAUUGUCCAUGUGCCUCCUUUCUGUACUGAUCAAACAUGUUGCUGUUGGCUUACAGCUAAAACAAAACAUCCCCAAUACUUUUAUUUCAAUUAGCUAAGCAUUGACAAUUCAUAGUGCUCUUUCGUAGUGCUC